ACAUGUCCUGUAAUUCCAAUCAGUCGUGCAGUGACAUAAUAGAUCACACAAUAUGCUCAGAAAAUGGUAGAUGUAUCUGUGAAUCGGAUUAUCGUCCGAUAAAUGGAACAAGUUGUGAAUUAUUAUUUGGUGGAGUAUGUGCGAAAAACGAAUCAUGCGUGACUGUUAAUUCUGCUUGUAUUGAUAAUGAAUGUCAAUGUAAACCUCAAUACGUCUAUCAAGGCGUCAAAUGUAUGCCAACAAAUUUGAAUCAAGUCUGUCAAAGCAAUAGUGAUUGUAGUAAAAUACGGAACGCAAUAUGUUCAGCCGAUAGUAAAUGUGUUUGUCAUGAAAAUUAUGAAGAAAUUAAUAAAACCAUGUGUGGAGCAAAAUUAAAUAGUUAUUGUUCAGUAGAUGACGAUUGUCUGAUCCCUAAUUCUAUUUGCAUUUUGGGUCAUUGUAAGUGUAGAAAUAAUUAUCUUCAAGUUUUAACUAAAAAGUGUAUUGUCACUCGUUUAGAACAGUCAUGUUUUGAGGACAGAGAUUGUAAAGAAAUAAUGUAUUCAAAAUGUUCUGAAGAUAAAAAAUGUGUUUGCAAAUCUAACUAUGGUAAAUUAAAUGAAACUGUCUGUGCUCCAUUAUUAGGAGAAUUUUGUUGGAAGGAUAAUUUAUGUGCAACAAAUAAUUCUGAAUGUAUUGAUAAUAAAUGUCAAUGCCAAACGGGUUAUUUACAACAGUCUAAUAGUAAAUGUAUUAAGAACUACUUAGGAAAGACUUGUUUGAACGAUGACGAUUGUACAGAGGUACUCCACGCAAAAUGCUCUGGCGCUAAAAAAUGUGCAUGUAGAAUAAAUUAUGUUCCGUCGAAUAAAACGAGCUGUACACCCUUAUUGGGUGAAUUUUGUUGGAAAACUGAAAGAUGUGGACCUACUAAUUCUAUUUGUAUUGAUAAUGAAUGUCAAUGUAAAGCUAACUAUUUACAACAAUCUAAUAAUCAAUGUUUGGCCUCUAAUUUAGGACAGUAUUGUUACGAUGAUACAGAUUGUAAAAACAUUAAAUAUUCAAAAUGUUCGGAAGACAAUACUUGUAUUUGUAAAUCAAACUAUGUUCCAUUUGGAAAUAAAACAUGCAGAGCACUUAUAAAUGAAUUUUGUGAAAAUAACGACGAUUGUUUUCUUUUCAACGUCAUUUGUACGAAUAAUAAAUGCAAAUGUUUACCAAAUUUUUUGCCUCAGUCAAAUAAAAAUUGUCUAUUCAUUUAUGUAAACAUCAUGUGUAAAAAAGAUGAGGAUUGCAAGACAGCAAAAUAUUCCAAAUGCUCAGAACAUGGAGUAUGUGUUUGUAAUACAAAUUACGCUUCAAUAAAUGAAACAACGUGUGCGCCGCGUUUGAAUGAAUACUGCGAAAAUGGUAGCCGUUGCGCUACCGCUAAUGCUAUUUGUAUUGACGAUCGUUGUCAAUGUAAAUCUAAUUACGUAUCACGAUUCAAUGAUUAUUGCCAACCACGUAAAUAUUUUAUUGAUGAGUAA